GCGGCCGCCUUCGCUUACCCAUCGCCCCCUACGCGAGAGAGAUCGUAGAUCUCAAGCUCUAUGAUGCCUUGUUUAAUUUUGCGCCACCUCCACCGUAAGCCAAACACACCCUCAUCAUAGAUUUCACUACUUCAUCAAAAUAUAUCAUAGAGGUCAUCGUAUAUACACUGUCAGAACAACUAGCACAAGCAUGGAUACUCAAGCUAAGCUUGCAGUUGUGGUGAAGGUGAUGGGCCGCACUGGAUCUAGAGGUCAGGUUACCCAGGUUAGGGUUAAGUUUUUGGAUGACCAAAACCGGCUGAUCAUGAGGAACGUAAAGGGCCCCGUGAGGGAAGGUGAUAUCCUUACCCUUCUUGAAUCUGAAAGGGAGGCUAGGAGAUUGCGCUGAUAAUAGUAAUUAUUAUUAUGAUACUCUAAGGUCUUUCUUGCCUACUUCAGCAAGCUAUUUCUAUUUGUCUACAAACUUGUAUUAUCGGCUCAGUGGGUUUUGUUCUUUUUUUUUUGUUGCAUGGAUUGUGUUGAAAAAUUGAGAAACUGCUCUAUGUUCUAUUUUGGUAUGAACCCAUAAUAUUUUAAUU